CCCUGGUGUUCAAAAAUGCUUGCACUUCGUCAAUUAAGAGCCUCAGUUAGACAACUUAGAUUAUAUACUACAGAAGCCAAAGAAGUGACUGGAGCAGUUAAGGCAACUGAAUUAAUAACAAACAGCAGCAACAACAAAGUAUUGGAAUUACCCAAAACUGUUGAAGUUGAAGAAUUAAGUGAAGCCUUUGAAGUACCUAAACGAGUAUCACCUACACACAACAUCCCUGUAUGCAACCUUCAAUUAAGAGGAUAUCUUCCUCAGCAAUUAGAUUUUUAUGCUGACUUUGCUCGUCGUGCAGCCUAUCAUCUUGGCAUGCCAUGCUCUGGUACUGUACCCUUACCCACUCAAACUUCACGAUGGACUGUGAUCAAAUCACCUUUUAUCCACAAGAAAUCACAAGAAAACUUUGAAAGAAAGACACAUAAACGAUUACUUCAAAUCAAGGAUGCUCAUCCAGAAGUUGUGGAUCGAUGGUUAAAAUAUUUGACAAUCAACGCACCAUCCGGUAUCGGUUUACGUGCUACUCGAUUUGAAUUUGAAUCACUUAAAGGGCAGUAACAGAAGAGUUUGUAUCAUAGCAAUAAAAUAUCACACAAUAACAGAAAUAUACGUGAGGGCACGUGUCGUGGC